AUGUCGGGCUCCAUCUCAAUGCAUCCCUUCCUGGUCGAUGAUGUUUUGUCCAAGGUCUACUAUAAGGGCUUGCCCUCGCAACCACCUCUGAUUGCUACAACCAAACCCGGCCCCUUUGAGCCUCCCACUGGUCCUGAGGCAUACACUAUCCCCAAGGAAUUGAGGUAUCUAGGUGAUCACCCGCUCACGGCAAUUUGGGACGUGGUCCUGCCAUCCAACUUUCCUCUAGCCUGACAGCGAUGGCCAUCAACUGGUCUUCUCUUGAUGUGCUCCAUAUCACUAGCGUCGGAGAGCUCUCUGGGCCACCCAUUGUCUGGAUUGGGGUCGAGUUCGGGGCCCUUAGUUUCCAGGAGGGGAGUGCAGUUGCCAUCAAUUACCACACAGUCAUCAAGAGUUAUGGUAUCCACGACUACUAUGUCGAAAUUCGUGAGUCCCGCAUUAUGUGACAGGCAAGCAACAGGUUCUUCAAUCCGGUGUCCGUGGAUCACCCAAUAUUCACUGCCUGUGCCCCCUACACCGCAACUCUUGGUAUUCCGAUUGCUCCCAACAAUAGACCAUGGAUUGAGGGAACAGGAGGCUUUUAUCUUAGUGCUGCGAGGAGCGAUAAAAACAUUUACCUAGUUACUGCUCGGCAUGUUGUCCUUCCUGUCGACUACCAUGAUAACAAGGAAUACUACCGUCAAAAUAACAGGCGGCGAGGUGAAGAGGUCCUCGUCCUCGGAACUGGUGCUUUCCAAAAGGCACUGGCAAACAUCGAUUACGAGAUCAGGUGCCAAGUGUUGAUCACUCAUGCCAAGGCAUGGAUCAAGUCAACUCAGGGUAUCGACGACCCUAUUUCAGUCAUCGGACGCAAGGAGGCCGAGACGCGGCUGGAGGGCCUCAGGGCCCUGCACCAGGAAAUCACCAGUCACUGGGUGGCAAAGGAAAAGCGCGUUAUCGGCCAGCUGAUUUGGGCUCCUCCAAUUACCCUUUCCACCAAACCUGGUCAGUAUACCCUUGACCUUGCUGUCAUCAAGAUCAACCCAGGCAAACUCGAUGCCGACAACUACCACGGAAAUACCAUCAAUGUAGGUACAAACUACCCGCAUCAGCAAUUCAUGGACAAGGUGUAUCUCAACUACACCAGCCCCACAUCCUUCAAAUUUCCCCGCAGCCGUCUUGUGAAGCUAGAAGCCCAGGUACCCGAAAGUGCCUUGGUCAACUCACCCAUGGUUGACGCCAAUCGGGAUCCAUGCUUGGUUGUCUUCAAGAACGGUGCCAGGACUGGUACUACUCUUGGGAGGGCAAACAAUGUAUCCUCUUAUACUCGGACCUAUUUCGCCGGUCACUAUCAGGAGUCGAGGGAGUGGCCUGUAUAUCCUACAGACAAGUACUCAGGCCCGUUCUCUACCAAGGGGGAUUCUGGGUCUUGUGUCGCCGAUGCCUAUAGCCCUAUUGGAGGUAUCAUUACUGGUGGUUCCGGUGCUACUGACUCCUGUGAUAUAACUUAUGUCACCCCUAUUUCGUUUAUCAUGGAUUUACUUCAUGACACGAAACACUUCAAGAAUGCUCACCUGAACCGGACUCUUGCCUACAAUGGGGUACUCGUUUCGCGCUGA